AUGGCCGAUAAAUUGGGUUUUGAGGAACUCCGAUCAAAGUACAAGGACAUAUUGUCUAAAGCAUUUUCUACAAACAACAUUGACCUCCUAGACUCGUUUUCAAGAAAUACAAAUGAUGUGGAUAGAAAGGCGGCAAUGGAUCAAGCCUUUCGGGAUAAACUUUUGGAGCUUCUGGUUGAGAAUCCUGAUAUUUUGGAAAACUACGUUUCUUUCUGUAUAGAAUCAUGUAGGAGACAAAUGGUUACACCAACAAUGCCAGUGGUACUACUGGGAGAUAUCUUCGACGCUUUAACAAACCCCAAUACUUGUUACAAUAAAAUACAAUGGAAAACAUUUGUUGCGCAUUCUGGAAGUGUGCUUUCUGCAUUCUCUUCAUACAAAUUAGAAGCAAUAGAACUGCAGAAGUCAAAACUAAAUAGGCUAAAGACUGUCAAUGCGGAUAUUGAGAUGCAAGAGUCAAAUAAGGAGCAGCACUAUUUUGCUAAGUUCCUUACCAAUCAGAAACUACUCGAACUACAGCUAUCGGAUUCUAAUUUCAGAAGAUGUGUGCUUAUACAAUUUUUGAUAUUGUUCCAAUAUUUGACAUCAGCUGUGAAAUUUAAAAUGGAGACACAAGAACUUAAAUCAGAUCAAACCGAUUGGGUUAAAGAAACAACAGCAUUAGUUUACCGUUUGCUCAGUGAAACUCCACCUGACGGCAAGAAUUUUGCAGAAUGUGUCAAGUGUAUUUUACGCAGGGAAGAGUAUUGGAAUAGCUGGAAAAAUGAUGGGUGUCCAGAAUUCCAAAAACCAAAACCACCUGUAACGGUUGAUUCCAAUGAGGAAGUAAAGAAGACCAGAAAGCGGAGAAGACCCGUGGGUGAUAUAAUAAAAGAAUAUGAGGGUCAAGAAAAAUUCUACAUGGGCAAUAAUGAACUCACAAAAUUAUGGAAUUUAUGCCCAGAUAAUCUAGUGGCAUGCAGAACCAAGGAGAGAGAUUUUAUGCCAUCACUGGAGUCGUACAUGGUGUGCGGCGCGGGGGGCGGCGCGCGGCGCACGAGCAGCGGCGGCUGGGGCUGGCGCGCGCUGCGCCUCCUGGCGCGCAGGUCGCCACACUUCUUCGUGCACACCAACAACCCCAUCGGCCGCCUGCCCGACUACCUGGACGACAUGGUCAAAAGGGUCACCCGCGAGAUGGCCGCGAACGCAGCGAACGCGAACAGCGCCAACGGAGAGGCCUCCAACAACCACAGCGACAAAACAAACAAACAGGACCAAGUAGAAGAAGAGAUCACCGAGGAACAAAUGGAAGCGGAUCUCAUUAAGGGAGCUGAUACAAAUGAUAUUGAACAGGUGCCGGACUCCACGCACGGCGAGGAGGAGAAGCCGGCCCGCGCGCGCGUGACCAUGAUCAGCGCGCCGCAGCUGGCCGCCGUGGCAGCCAAGCUGGACGACUGGAAGCGGCUCGCCACAAAACUCGGCUACAAGCCGGACGAGGUGCAGUUCUUCGAGACGGAGAGCGCAACGGACGCGGCGAGGGCGUCUAGCAUGCUGCGUCUGUGGUUCGACGACGACGAAGACGCCUCCGUGGAGAGCCUGCUCUACAUCAUGGAGGGCCUCAAGAUGCUCGACGCCUGCGAGGCACUGAAGGCCGCAAAA